GCCGCCUCCAACCCCGCCGCCGUCUCCUCCCUCCUCCUCCGCCCCCUCUCCGACGCGCUCCUCCACGAGCAGGACCAGCACGCCCAGUCCGCCGCCGCCCAUCCUCUCUGUUCCAUCAUCAUCCUCGCUCUUCCAUAAGAUAGGUUUUGAGCACUCUUGAUUGGUUCAUUGCUUGGCCUUUUGUUUGCUACAGUAAAAAUGAGCUCAGCAGUUUCAUCAUCACGAGGAAGCUUUUUGACAGCAGGAACUGGCUCGUUGGACUCAGUACGUUCGUUUGGUCAGUUUGAAGCUUCUGAAAUGGAUCCUUCUGAAGAGAAUGAACCUGAGUUAUUGUCACUUUCUUGGAAUCAGGAUUAUCAAUGCUUUGCUGCUGGGACUAGCCAUGGUUUACGGAUUUACGACUGUGAUCCUUUCAAAGAAACCUUUAGAAGGAAUCUUAAAAGUGGAUUUAGUAUAGUGGAAAUGCUUUUUCGUUCCAAUGUAAUGGCUCUUGUUGGUGGUGGAUCAAAUCCACAGUACCCACCGAAUAAAGUAAUGAUUUGGGAUGAUCAUCAGAAUAGGUGCUUAGUUGAAUAUGCUUACAGAUCUAAUAUUCGAGCUGUUAAAUUGAGACAAGAUCGCAUAGUUGUGGUUCUUGAACACAAGAUAAAUGUCUACGACUUCAGUGAUCUGAAGCUUAUUCAUCAGAUUGAGACAAUAUCUAAUCCCAGAGGUUUAUGUUGCCUUUCACAUUAUGCAAACACUUCGGUGCUGGCUUUCCCUGGACUGCAUCGAGGACAAGUACAAGUUAAGCACUUUGGUCUGAAGGUUACAAAGUUUAUCAGUGCACAUGAUUCUCAACUUGCUUGCCUCACUUUGACUUUGGACGGGUUCCUUCUUGCAACUGCAAGCGUUAAGGGUACUCUGAUCAGGAUAUUUAACACAAUGGAUGGUACACUCUUGCAAGAGGUAAGAAGAGGGGCAGACAAGGCUGAUAUAUAUAAUCUAGCUCUCUCUCCAACCGUGAGGUGGUUGGCAGUUUCUAGUGACAAAGGCACUGUCCAUAUAUUUAGUCUUAGAGUUCGAAUAGUUGGAGAGGAUUCAUCAAACCAGAAUGUUAUUGGUCACGGUCCGCAGUUGGUACAGCAGAACUCUUCAUCUUCUCUUGAUACUCUUAUAUCUCCAAAAAUGGGUGCCAACACUAGCUCAUCAUUAUCUUUUAUGAAGGGUGUGCUGCCAAAGUAUUUUAGUUCUGAGUGGUCAUUUGCUCAGUUCCACCUACCAGAAGCCACGCGCUACACUGUUGCAUUUGGAGCUCAAAAUACUGUAAUCAUUAUUGGUCUGGAUGGCAGUUUCUAUAAAUGCAGCUUUGACCCUGUGAAUGGAGGAGAGAUGGUUCAACAGGAAUACAUACGUUUCAUAAAAAAUGACAACCACCGGCCAAUUCCUCCUACGUCAUGAAGUUUCUUAGAAAUCUCAUACGCAAUUGCAGUUCAACUAGAUAUAUGGGAACGAGUUCUACAUUCCACGGAGUUAUUUUUCUGUAAAUUCCAUGAUAUUUAUGUUUCAUAAUGAAGUCUGAUGAUCACCGAUCCAAAUCUCUGGCUGCACAUAGUUUCAGGUAAAGCCUAUAUACAGCUGCAGUUCAUUUGUAUAUAUGAGAACAAGUUCAAGAUUCUACUCAGUUUUCUCUGUGCAUAAUUUGUCUCUUUUGCUUUCUGUAAAUCCAUACUAGCUACUGGAAUCACAUCUCAAAAUUCCUACUGUACAAACUUUUUGACCAUGGCUCCAGAUCAUUUCACUUAUGUUUUGUUAUUGAAGGAACCCUUUCUAUG